UUUCAGAUUAGAAGCUUCACAAGACUGCGCACCAUUUUUCCACAAUACUGAAAAUACUUGUUGACAGUCAUGAACGCACUUCUAGUUGCUGCAGUGUUCGCCCUGAUUCAUGGCAGUUAUGCCACUUUGCUCAUUAAAGGGCCGAGCCAGCAGCUUCUGGAGGGAGACCCGGUCACACUGGAGUGUCUGUACUCAGACUCGGACCUCAACAUCAGCCAGGUCCAUUUUGAGUCCUUCUCCGAGUGGCGGGGCUGGCGACGAGUUCGGGAGCCAUAUGGCUGCUACCGUUAUAUGUAUUGGAGUAUCCAAAUCAACAACACUGGAGAAAGUCUACUCAUGUCCAUGCCAAGUGUGGGAAGGUACCACGAGGGGCCGUACCGCUGUGUGUCCGACGCCGAAAAUGUGACUGCGGCAGACCGCUCCUCCCAGACGCUGACCUACAAAGUGCAUUAUAUGGAGGAGCCGUCACUGUCCAGGGUUGGCUACACCAGCUACCUGGGUGUCCCACAGGAGCUGAAGGUGCGACUCGGGGAUGACGUGGUGGUGAAGUGCUCCGCCAGCUCAUCGGAGAAGCCGAGCUACUUCUGGAAUAAAGACGGUGAUGACUGGAUCCUGCCUUCCUCUACGCUCACGCUGAAGAAGAUGAGUGCGAUGGAUGAAGGACAGUACACUUGCAUGGCCAAGCAUCCCUCUGUGGAGUCACUCAGCAAGAAACGCAGCAUCAGCAUCACCGUGCUCUCUGAGGAUGCCCGCUGGUAUGAGUCUAGUAAUGGACGUCUCAUGUUGAUGACCUCGACAGCGGCUGUCUCUCUCUUGGUGUUCAUCCUCUCCAUGAGUGUGUUCCUGUGCCGCAGGGCCAAGCAGGCCAAGACCAGCAAGGGACCCAUUGAUGACCGGUCUCAGAAGAAACCCAUCUACAAAACCAGUGUGGAGUCCCUGCUCUCCACCUGUGCAGACAAACAACCCCUGGUCUGACUGCACCGGCAGGUUGACGGAUGAAGAGCGGGAGAGGAAAAUGGAGCUGAGGAAGAGAUGAGGAAGAUGGAGCGAGUGGCCAGAAAAUGAGGGAUGGCAUAGAAGGGGAUACUUAAAGAGAGAGGAGGUAGUAAAGGGUUCUGGAUGGUCACAUUGGGGGAGGAGAGAGAGGGAGAUUUAAAAAAACGGUGGGGAAGGGAGAGCGAAGCUGAGUGGGGGAAAAAGGGAAAUUAUUGCUUUAGAGACACAGAAGCUGCUUUGCUUGUGUGUGUGUAGGCUGCAGUUAUGCAUCUUGGACAGAAUGGCGGGCAAUUUUCCGUUCAUUUAUUCUGCAGCGUGGAAAAUGGUGAGCUACGUUCUUACGACGGGAGAUUAAUCUUGUGUCCUGUAAGAAACUGUAAAGACUCCACAUGCAAUUCUCUCUUUUUUGUUGCAAACAUAAUUGCUAAGCUGUGAAUGAGCAAUUUAGGUGACAGAACUGGGUUUUAUUCUGUUGAUUUGUUUCCCUUUCAAACUGUUUUUCCCAAAGCAGAACCAGCUCAAAGCAUCUGUGAGAAUGUUAUCAUAAUCUCUUUUCUGUAACAGCUCUCAAGCACAUUGCACUCUACUAUUUAAUUUACUGUACUUUUGGAUUUCUUUGAUAUUAAAUGGCUUUCAGAAAAUAUUA